AUGUCGUACGGAGGAAAAGCGGCUGAAAGAAUCGCCAACAAAACAGUGUUGAUCACUGGAGCCUCGGCCGGAAUCGGAAAGGCCACCGCUCUCGAAUUGGCUGCUGCCGCCAACGGAAAGUUGAAAUUGGUGCUUUCUGCAAGAAGAACAGACAAGCUCGAGGAAUUGAGACAGGAGUUGGAGCAGACGUAUCCCGAUAUCUCCGUGUUGACCCAGCAAUUGGAUGUUUCUGACCUUUCGGCCAUCAAGCCCUUCGUUGCCAAUAUCCCAGAAGAAUUCAGAGACAUUGAUAUUUUGGUCAACAACGCUGGAAAGGCGCUUGGCCGUGAAGAAGUGGGCGAGAUUGCAACCAAAGACAUCCGUGAAAUGUUCGACACCAACGUUUUGGCGCUCAUUACAUUGACACAGGAGAUCUUGCCCAUCUUCAAGGCUAAGGAUUCAGGAGACAUUAUCAACUUGGGAUCCAUUGCAGGAAGAGACCCAUACCCAGGAGGAGGUAUUUAUUGUCCUACCAAGGCCGCCGUCAAGUCCUUUUCCCAUGCAUUGCGUAAGGAAUUGAUCAACACCAAGAUUCGUGUGAUUGAGGUGGACCCUGGCAAUGUAGAGACAGAGUUUUCCAACGUCCGGUUCCGUGGAGAUCUCGAGAAGGCCAAGGCCGUUUAUGCUGGAACGGAGCCAUUGGUGGCCGAGGACAUUGCAGAGAUCAUCACUUUUGCAGUCACCAGAAAGCAGAACACAGUUCUUGCAGAGACCUUGGUAUUUUCCACCAACCAGGCCUCGGCUACCCAUUUGUACCGUUCAAGUUAA